CACUUGCGGGGAGCCUGACGCAGGCCGUAGACCGGGCGUCUGAGAAGCCACUGGGUCCCAGGAGGGAAGGUACCAGUGAAGCCCUGUGGUUGGCGCAGUCUGCACUUGCUCGCCGUACGAAUCAUCUCCUAAACCCAGCAUCCCACUCGGGACACGCCAUAGUCGAAGCAGCCCUUCCCGCUGCUCCCGAACGCCCGUUUUUGGCGAGUUCGUCGUUGUCCCAACAUAACUGCGGAUUCUUGCGCAACUCACCAGUCGUGCUGCACGCGUCGUGAAGAGCGCAGCAGCAGACCCGGCAGUAGGAUGUCAGCACAAGAGCAGCGUGUUUGCCUUAGCGGUCCGCAUGUGAUUCAGUGGGCAUUGGAGACGCCGAGUGGAUCGUGGAUUCCUCUGUGCGGCAUGCCAGCAGCCUCAGCCUCAUCUGGGCCGCGUCCACUGGUAGCGCCUCAGCUUCUGCUUGCGCCCGCCGCUUCUGCGGCCUCCACCGCGGCUUCUCCUAGCUCUCAUUUUAUUUUACCACCUUCCGCCUCUGCCGCUCCUGCUGCCCCUGCUGCUGCCUCUGCCGCUGCUGCUCCGGGGCAGUUAAGGUUGUAGUUAGGGUUGCAGUUAGGGUUGUUCCUCUGGUUCUAAUGCGCACUACGCAACCUGACGCCGCUCCUGGCUGUAAUCAUUACCGUCCGUCCGAUGGCCCAUCCCCGCCUGCCGCUGCCAUGCCCGCUCGUUCCAGUGCCCCACGCGCUUCUGCGUCAGGCCGCCUAGUCGACUGCUCCAAGUGGGACAACCUGGCGCCUAGCAGCGAUGACGAGGAGGCACGAGGGAGAGAGAAAGGAGGGCGAGAGGAAGGAGGGCGAGAGGAAGGAGGGCGAGAGGAGUGGAGAGAGGGGGGAGCAGGGGGGAAGAAAGCCAGAGCAAGAACCGCAGCGACAGAGGCAUGAACAAAACAAGCGACACAAAAAGAAGCAGAAGCGGAAAGAGAAGGCGGGUGGGCAAGGGAGAGAAUCCCUAUGCAGUGGUUGCUUUCAUGAACUACUCAGCUUCCGGGGGGAGGUAGCUCUCGGCAUCCCAACUGCCAACUAAUUCCGCCGCCACUUGCUUAAGCAACUGCCAAAGUGCACAGCAGCGAGAUCAUGUGCAGAUGUGUCUCUGGAAGCGAGAGAGUGCAGACAUACAUCAGUUGAGGAAGCACCGGAGGCCGCAUCCGGGAAGGGGGGCCAGUUUUAAACGUAGAAAUUGUUUGCGGCAGAUGGGGCAGCAGCAGUGGGAGCAGCAGCCGGGGAGAGUAUCAAAAGGGAGUGCGAGUGUGCGUAUUGCAGUAGCACCGAGGCAAUGUUUCUGGAGUGGACGGCAGAGCUGCGUGUGGGCAUUUUCGAGUCGACUCAAAAAUCAUCGAGAGGAUCAGAUCCGGCCUGCCAGUUUGCGCUGCUCAUACUCCAUCUGGUUCCGCUGCUGUGACCCCUGCUGCUUCAAAUGCUGUUGUUGGCAGUCGGUGGCACUGCCACAGAUGCUAAUGUGGGUUCCCGCAGCUGACGCAGGAACCUUGGAGCAAGCAGGAUCAAUGGAGCUGGCUCAGACCCCGCCACACGAAACAGUAGCGUCCACCAUAGCUAGCAGCAAUGGAGAAAGCAGCAGCAGCAGCAGCAGCAGCAGCGGCGGCGGCGGCGGCGGCAGCGGCGGCAGCGGCAGCGGCAGCCACGGUACCCAGCCGUCCUCCUCAUUUCUGCCCAUCUCCACCUCAGCCCCAAUAUCCUGGCAAUGCUACUGGCGCUGCAGCAGUUGCUGGGGCGCCUACCUCUGUGCUGUAGCCAUCUCUGCCUUCCGUGCGCUCUCCCCGCGUUGUGACUCGUCAGAGGGUCCAGCUUGUCUCCCUUACAAGCCUUUUCGCUGCUAUUGUGGAGGUGUUAGGGGCGGGAAGGCAGGAGGAGAAGGACAGUGUGGUGUCGGUGCUGGUGCAGGUGCUGGGGGUGAAAGACGGGGAGGAGAUUGAGAACGGCUUCAAAGCCCAUGUGAUGCCUCUGUUGCCUGGUGGGGCAGAGAGGCAGUUUGGAGGGAAGAGUGAGGGAGUCUAUUUUUGAGGCGCCUAAAAACUAGACUCCUCUCGCUGGGAAGUGAGGGGGAAAGGGCGUUAGUGGGAAGAAUGGGAAGAGAGGCGGGAAGGGGAAGGAUGGAAGUCGUGGGGGUGUUGCGAUCCGUUUCGAGGAACACUCGUGGAUGUCGCAGCAUUGAUAGACGGUAGUGGCGGUGGUGGCGUUGUCGCUACUCUUGCUGCUGGUGACUCUCCUGCUGUUGCGGCUACUGCCGCUGAAACGGCUGCUGCUAGUGGCAAUGCUAGUGUAAGUGACAGGAGCAGUGAUGGGAGCAUCAGCACCAACAGAAGCGCCCAGGAGAGGCGUCUGCCCUCGUCCACAGCACCCCUGCCAUUUCUCCUGUCUGCCAGGAGGGGGUCCAGAUGUGAAUGGCCGAGAGAUGUGAAGGAAGGGGAUGGAAGGAG